GCGGCCGCGGCGCCGGGCCCUGCUUCCGCUUUUCGCUGAGGCGCGCGCUCCGCUCUCAGCCGACUCGGGAUCAUGGCGGCCGCGGCCACUAUGGCGAAUUCGGGCUCGGCGCGGAAGCGACUGCUCAAAGAGGAGGACAUGACCAAGGUAGAAUUUGAGACCAGCGAGGAGGUGGACGUGACCCCCACGUUCGACACCAUGGGCCUGCGGGAGGAUCUGCUGCGCGGCAUCUACGCCUACGGGUUUGAGAAGCCGUCUGCGAUCCAGCAGCGGGCCAUCAAGCAGAUCAUCAAAGGGAGGGACGUCAUCGCACAGUCCCAGUCGGGCACUGGCAAGACGGCCACCUUCAGCAUCUCCGUCCUCCAGUGCCUGGACAUCCAGGUCCGAGAAACCCAGGCUCUCAUCCUGGCGCCGACCAGAGAGCUGGCCGUGCAGAUCCAGAAGGGCCUGCUCGCGCUGGGGGACUACAUGAGCGUGCAGUGCCACGCCUGCAUCGGGGGCACCAACGUGGGGGAGGACAUCCGGAAACUGGACUACGGGCAGCACGUCGUGGCCGGCACGCCUGGCCGGGUCUUUGACAUGAUCCGUCGCAGGAGUUUGAGGACGCGCGCCAUCAAGAUGUUGGUCCUGGACGAGGCCGAUGAGAUGUUGAAUAAAGGCUUCAAGGAGCAGAUUUACGACGUGUACAGGUACCUGCCCCCGGCCACGCAGGUGGUGCUCAUCAGCGCCACGCUGCCACACGAGAUCCUGGAGAUGACCAACAAGUUCAUGACGGACCCCAUCCGCAUCCUGGUGAAGCGUGAUGAGUUGACCCUGGAAGGCAUCAAGCAGUUUUUCGUGGCGGUGGAAAGGGAAGAGUGGAAGUUCGACACGCUGUGUGACCUCUAUGACACGCUGACCAUCACCCAGGCGGUCAUCUUCUGCAACACCAAGAGGAAGGUCGACUGGCUGACGGAGAAGAUGCGGGAGGCCAACUUCACGGUGUCGUCCAUGCACGGGGACAUGCCACAGAAGGAGCGCGAGUCCAUCAUGAAGGAGUUCCGGUCCGGCGCCAGCCGAGUGCUCAUCUCGACAGACGUCUGGGCCCGGGGCCUGGACGUGCCGCAGGUGUCGCUCAUCAUCAACUACGACCUGCCCAACAACAGGGAGCUGUACAUCCACAGAAUCGGGCGGUCGGGGCGGUACGGCCGGAAGGGCGUGGCCAUCAACUUCGUGAAGAACGACGACAUCCGCAUCCUGCGGGACAUCGAGCAGUACUACUCCACGCAGAUCGACGAGAUGCCCAUGAACGUUGCCGACCUGAUCUGAGGCUCUGCCCGCAACACCGAGGACGACUUGGGCCGGUGGUGGCCCCGGGGGGCCACUGCAGGGCGUCUCCUGCGUCGGGAGGUCCGCACGCUGUCCUGCCCUGGCUCCCAGGACCUGGCCAGAGUCCCGUCGACCUCCCUCCACGUGUACAUACUGCUUUGUUGCCUGUGUUUUUCAUUAAACAUUUACACUUUU